AUGGAUCCGGGCGGGACGAUGCUGCUGGAGGACUUCGGGCAGCGGGUGGACCUGACGCACCACAUCCGCGAGGUGCUGGCCAACUACCCGGAGGGCACCACCGUGUUGCGGGAGCUCAUCCAGAACACUAACGACACCGGGGCCUCGCAGGUCCGCCUCUGCCUCGACCGCCACGCCCACGGGGCCCGCUCGCUGCUCGCCCCGGCCCUCGCGCAGUGGCAGGGCCCCGCCCUGCUCGCCCACAACGACGCUGCCUUCACCGACGACGACUUCGCCAGCAUCUCCCGCAUCGGCGGCAGCAAGAAGGCCUCCCAGGCCUGGAAGACCGGCCGCUUCGGGUUCAGUUUGAGUUCCGCACUUGUUAUCAUUUUGCUCGACAAGCUCGUGGUGCUCAAGCUCAACGGAGGCCUCGGCACCACCAUGGGCUGCACCGGCCCCAAGUCUGUCAUUGAAGUUCGCAAUGGGUUUACAUUUCUUGACCUUAUUGUGAUUCAGAUUGAGUCCCUGAACAAGAAGUAUGGAUGCAGUGUUCCUUUGCUUCUAAUGAACUCUUUCAACACUCAUGAUGACACACAGAAGAUUGUUGAGAAGUACUCCAACUCCAACAUUGAAAUUCACACUUUCAACCAGAGCCAAUACCCUCGCAUUGUCUCUGUUUGUGUGAACGCUGAGCGUUGGAUCGUGUGUGUGCUGCAGAUCUCGACGCCAUGA